AUGGAGAGUGACGGCUAUAGCUCAAGUCCAUCUGGCCUGGCGGGGGAACAGGGAGGUGAAGUAUGGUCCAGCAGUCCAGAGUCAUGGUACAUGCCGCACUCCUUCGGGUUCCAGGUGUCUCUGACCGCCUUCCUCAUGCUGGAGCUGGUGUUGGGUUUCAGCAGCAACCUGACCGUGCUGGUGCUUUACUGCUCUCAGUCAAAUUUAGUGGACUCGGUCAGCAACAUGGUGACUGUCAGUCUGCACGUGCUGGAUGUGGUGGUGUGCCUGCUGUGUUUACCUCUCACUCUGGUGGUGGUGCUACUGUCCCCGGGACCCAACCUGGCUUUAGUGUGCUGCUUUCACGAGGCUUGUGCCACCUUUGCCAGCGUCGCCACGGCCAUAAACAUCCUGGUCAUCAGCCUGGACAGAUACGACAUCUCCGUGCGACCGGCCAACAGGUUGCUGACGACGCGUAGGGCAGCGCUAUUCCUGGCAGCCGUGUGGUUCGCAUCAGUUGCUGUAUUUUUUAUCCCAUUCCUGGAGGAUCAAUGGUACAUCGAUGAGGGGAGAAUAAAGAGAGGGGAGGAGGCACCUACGUCUCUACCCAGCAAUGGCAUCAGUGCUACAGUGGUGCCAACAUGGCGUAACCAUACCCUGUUGUGCAUUGGUGGUAAGGGUGAUCACCUACGUGUGGGGAAGUAUUACCACCUGAUGCUACAGGUCCCCAUAUUCUUCACCACUGUCAUAGCAAUGUUGUUCACCUACUCCAGAAUCCUGAGGGCGUUAAACUUCCGGAUUGGCACUCACAUAAAGAAAACCCAACGUUUAAUAGGACCUUCUUUAACGGGCCUCCACAAGAAAGCGCCUCAAAACAAGACCAAACUCAAAAUGAUAAGCAGUGGCAAAUUAGAGGGGGAGCAAUGCAACACAGAUGCCACGAAAAUACUAAGCCACCCUCCCCUCAUUCCUUUUUCAUCGCCCACCACCACAAUAACUUCCCACCCUGCCCUUUCCUCUUCCCCACCACUCGUCACAUCCGGCGCAGGUGCCGUUACCCAAAUGCCGGCCACGAUGGGCGUCCAGGCCUCCGUGUCAGCUAUCAUCGCUCUGCGGCGUGCAGUACGGCGACACAGAGAUCGACGAGAGCGCCAACGCCGGGUAUUCAGGAUGUCCCUCCUCAUCAUCACCACUUUCCUUGGUUGCUGGGCUCCCCUGUCAGUAGUCAACAUGCUAAUCCUUGCCGUAGGCCCACUGGAACCACUGGUUAGCAUACGGCUUUGGUUCCUAGCCCUAGCAUAUGGUACCACAGUUUCCCACCCUCUGCUUUAUGCCUUCACGCGGCAGAAGCUGCGACGUGCACUUCGAGCUAAGGUUAAAAAGCGAGUGGUGUCCUUGCUUCAAGUAGACCCUUCACCAGGGGCCACUAUCAUCCACAACACAUGGGUGGAAAACCGAAAAACCAACCGGCAAGUGCGAUUGGAAGCAAGCGAAGGCUCGGACCGUUGCCUAGCAGAAGCACUGUAA